GUAACGUGGCGGCGCUGCGCUCGUGUGCGAGGAGUGGCUCGAGCUGUCACUGUUCAUGUAGUUUUCUGUGAUAAGAAAUUCUGUGAAAUUAAUAGUUUAGCGAACUAAUUUACACAAAUCACGAUGUCCGCGUCGGGUGAAUUCGGUAAUCCUUUACGCAAGUUCAAGCUCGUGUUCCUGGGCGAACAGAGCGUGGGGAAGACAUCACUCAUCACUAGAUUCAUGUAUGAUAGCUUUGACAAUACUUAUCAGGCAACAAUCGGUAUCGACUUCCUCUCAAAGACCAUGUAUCUGGAAGACCGCACGGUGCGGUUACAGCUGUGGGACACAGCGGGCCAGGAGCGGUUCCGCUCACUCAUCCCCUCUUACAUCCGAGACUCUACCGUUGCUGUUGUCGUCUAUGAUAUAACUAACGCCAACUCAUUCCACCAAACCUCCAAAUGGAUCGACGACGUUCGCACCGAACGCGGUUCUGACGUCAUCAUCAUGCUGGUCGGCAACAAGACGGACUUGUCGGACAAACGGCAGGUGUCCACUGAAGACGGGGAUCGCAAGGCCAAGGAACUCAAUGUGAUGUUUAUAGAGACUUCUGCUAAGGCGGGAUAUAAUGUGAAACAGCUGUUCCGGCGAGUCGCGGCCGCUCUGCCUGGCAUGGACUCUGCCGAGAGCAAGCCUCCUGAAGACAUGCAAGAGGUGAUCCUGCGGCAGGCGCCCGGCGACCACAAGGAGCCCGACGGCGGCUGCGCCUGCUAGUCGCGCACGCGCACGCGCUACUGGCUGGGUGCACGUGGAAGGAAAACAAGACAAGCGGUUUGGCAUACUGACGUGAGCAUUUCUUUUUUUUUGCCAUUUUUUUGUCUUUUGAUCUUUUUAGGGAAUUUUAGGUCAAUUGUACUCAGAAUCACGGGUACUUUCAAUCUCACUGGGAGACAAAAAGUGUCUCAGAAUUUCCAUACAUUUUUGUUACUUUCCUCUUUUGUUACCCGACACAACAUGAACGGAAAAUGGUAAAACAAUAAGAAAAAAAUUGUAUGGGACAAUUUUUUUAACCACUAGGAUUGAAAAAGCUGGUAAUUCUGAGUAGAAAUAGCAUUUUUUUUUUUCAAAAAUAUCACAUUUCAUAAAAGUGGCAAAAAAAAAGAGAAAUGCUCACGUAAGCUUUAGGGUUGGAGCCACAUAUGAUUGCGAUUAGUAAGGUAUUAUGUACAUUUUCGUUUGAUGUUUGGUGAAAUAUCGAUCGCAAGCUUUGCGUUAGAGUUCAAAGUUGGAACUUCAUAAAAUUGAAAGGACUACAUGGCACUCCAAAUUUACAACGUUUAUAUUAGUAUUCAAUUCAAGUAUCGAGACCGUUUAUUCCUCGGCAACCGUCAAAUGAUCUGAUAAGAAUUUAGCAAAUAAAUCGCCAAUGACUGUGACGUGUGGAGUUACAGUUUAAAUAACCGCAAUCAUGUGUAGCUUUAAAACACUUUAGUACUCUAAGUUAGAAAUUUAAAUCGGUAUGCUAAACUGCCUUGAAGCGUUUUAUCCAAAACCUUCCAGCCAGUCAGAUGUUAACAAGUUUCGUCCUCGAACCGAAACGAAGAGUUAAGGAGUUUAGUGCAGGUCUGAAGCUUGUGCUUUUGUGUGUCUCCACAGUGAUACUAGGUUAACUUGAGUAGUUGCUGAUAGCUGCGAGCGUUUUCUCAAAUACAUAUUGAAAAUAUGAUUCUUACAAAUCUGAACUUUUUUGGGCUCAUGCUGCUCAGAAUUGUCCGUGGUCUGCAUCUUAGUAUGCAUCAAUAAAAAAAAUGUUCCUAAAUGUCCGAUUCUCUCACGUAACACUUUACUGUAUAAAAAUGUGGCAUAGGGGAAAAAUAGGAACUACAAUCUAUAUAAAUGUUUGGCAGUUUUCUUAGCUUCAAGACCGAAUUGAUUGUAAGUUUUAAGAACUCAAAUCAAUUCGGUCUUGAAGCUAAAAAUAAUCAAGUAUUCAAUAUAUUUUAAAGAAAAAGCCUGUCUACACUUAUGUAAGCCUAAUUAUUUUGCUGUACGUUUAAUGCGUUUGAUGACACAAAAGCACGCGAACAUACAUUUCGAAACAUAAUAAAAAACCAUAAACUCUUUAUUAUAUAUUUUAAAUCAUAACGCAACUAAUAAAUCUGGCCGAUAUUUUUACGUUUUUAUUGUGUUCUGAAAUGUACAUAAUGCAAGACCGGUGAGAGCCAUACAUUUUGUAUGAGAUGAAUGCUGAAUGGGUGAUCCUAGAUGUUUUAAAUAUGGACUAUAUAAGGUGAUGUCUUAGCGCUACUGUAUGAAAUAAUAUACACAUUAUAGACGAUUACUGAGAGCUUAAGUUUCAAGGACAAAAAACAUAAGUUAUUAAGGCACUGGUCCCACCAACAGCGAGUAAGUGAUGAGCUAUCAACAAUAGUCCCUCUGGUGUA